UUCCAGUGUUGUCCAUGUCUCUACCCAGGCUGCUGUGUAGUCUACUAGUGAUGUCUCCCUACCUGCUGGUGACCAUCAUACUGCUGGUGAAAUACUGCAGGAGCAGGACUCAAGGUGAGAGCCUGAGUUUAUACAGGAUCGCCUCAUUCCAACAAAAUACCUGCUGUAAAUCAUCCAUCAUGAAAGUUGUCAGUGGCUGAUGUGGAUGUGGUGUAGGAGUCAGGCGCAGGACACGGAAGCUACUUCCAACAGACUUUACUGGAAGACACGACAAUACAAAGAAAAGGGCCUCAACAAAACAAGGAGGCGAGCGAUUACGCAACAGUGCGCAAAAUACUCCAAAUGCACAAAAAAACCCCAAAAAAAAAUAAAAGCAAAACCCAAAAAAAAAAGGCAAAAAACAAAAAAAAAAAAAACAAAAAAAAAAACAAAAAAACAAAAAAAAAACAAAAAAAACAAAACCAAAAAAACAAAACAAAAAAAAACAUACCCACACACCCCCAACCCCCAAAAAAAAACACCCCCCAAAAAAACCACAAAAAAACCAAAAAAAAAAAAACCCCAACAAAAAAAAACACCAAACCAAAAAAACAAAAAAAAAAAACAAAAAAAACAAAACAACCAAAAACCAAAAAAAAAAAACAACCCCCAAAAAACCAAACCAAAAAACACCACAACCAAAAAACCCCAAAAAAAAAAAACAAACCCAAAACCCAAAAACAAAACCAAAAAAAACCAAACCCAAAAACCCCAAAAAACAAACCAAAAAAAAACCCCCCAAAACCCAAAUGGAAACAACACCCCAAAAAAAACACAACCCAAAACCCCCCAAAAACAACACCCAAAAAAACCACCCGCCGAAGCCUGCCCGAGCAAGGAGCGGAGCAGCCUCAGCCAAACCGUGACAAAUAGUGUUGAUUACUAGCUUCAGAUUGGUCUUGUUUUUAAAGUGUUGUGAAACGUGGCUCUUGACUGAGUCAUAUUUAAAGUGUUGAUAACUAGCUCUGAUUGAACCAUGUUUUAAAGUGUUGAUAACUAGCUCUGAUUGAACCAUGUUUUUAAAGUGUUGAUAACUAGCUCUGAUUAAACCAUGUUUCACGUGUUUUGAUAACAGUAGCUUGAAUUAACCAUGUUUAAAGUGUUGAUAACUGUCUGUUUAGGGGAAACAGGGUACCCCAGGAAGACACACAAGACCAAUUAGGUGAGUUUCUACCUUACAACACAACAGCUGCAGGGGCAAAAUAUGGUAUUAACACAGAGUGACCCAUAGUAUGUUACCGCUUAGGAUGGAUUAGAGUCAACUACCAAAAUAUGGUAUUAACACAGAGUGACCCAUAGUAUGUUACCCCUUAGGAUGGAUUAGAGUCAACUACCAAAAUAUGGUAUUAACACAGAGUGACCCAUAGUAUGUUACCCCUUAGGAUGGAUUAGAGUCAACUACCAAAAUAUGGUAUUAACACAGAGUGACCCAUAGUAUGUUACCGCUUAGGAUGGAUUAGAGUCAACUACCAAAAUAUGGUAUUAACACAGAGUGACCCAUAGUAUGUUACCGCUUAGGAUGGAUUAGAGUCAACUACCAAAAUAUGGAAUGUAACUGAUUUAAAUUCAUGCAUUUAGCAGUAAAUAGCCUGGGUAUUGAUAAGGAGUAAAUAGCCCAGGUAUUGAUAUGGGAGAGCUGGAUAUAAGGAGUAAAUAGCCCUGGUAUUGAUAUGGGAGAGCUGGACAUAAGGAGUAAAUAGCCCUGGUAUUGAUAUGGGAGAGCUGGUCAUAAGGAGUAAAUAGCCCUGGUAUUGAUAUGGGAGAGCUGGACAUAAGGAGUAAAUAGCCCUGGUAUUGAUAUGGGAGAGCUGGACAUAAGGAGUAAAUAGCCCUGGCAUUGAUAUGGGAGAGCUGGACAUAAGGAGUAAAUAGCCCUGGUAUUGAUAUGGGAGAGCUGGAAAUAAGGAAUAAAUAGCCCUGGUAUUGAUAUGGGAGAGCUGGACAUAAUGAGUAAAUAGCCCUGGUAUUGAUAUGGGAGAGCUGGACAUAAGGAGUAAAUAGCCCUGGUAUUGAUAUGGGAGAGCUGGUCAUAAGGAGUAAAUAGCCCUGGUAUUGAUAUGGGAGAGCUGGACAUAAGGAGUAAAUAGCCCUGGUAUUGAUAUGGGAGAGCUGGACAUAAGGAGUAAAUAGCCCUGGUAUUGAUAUGGGAGAGCUGGUCAUAAGGAGUAAAUAGCCCUGGUAUUGAUAUGGGAGAGCUGGACAUAAGGAGUAAAUAGCCCUGGUAUUGAUAUGGGAGAGCUGGACAUAAGGAGUAAAUAGCCCUGCUAUUGAUAUGGGAGAGCUGGACAUUCAUUGGAAAUAAUUUGAUAGGAUUCUAAGUAGCACAGUCUUGACUAGUAAAUCAUCUGAUAUGAUUUCAAUUUCUAAGUGGUACUGUAUUGGAUAAGUAAAUACAUGACCAAUCUGAUGAACUACUUCUGUGUUGAACAGGUGAUCGUGUUGAAGAAGAGUGAGGCUGAGAUCACCUGAUCACCAUAACAACCAUCAGAAUGGAACUCAUUGGAUUCUAAUAUAGAACUGUGAGACCCAAUGCUGUAUGUUUUUACAUUUUACCUCCAUUUGAUCAAAUGUGAUAUAUUAACUGCUAGAUGUAUUUUUCUUAUUUGAAUGUGUUUUAAUAUAUUGUGUGUUGUAUUAUUCAUUCAGCAGCUGUCCUUUAACAGCAGUCAUAUACUGGUCAUAUACUGUAUGGCAUUAUGGUUGAUACAUUAUUAAUGCCUUAACUUUUCAUGUCUAAACAGAUACACUGAUAGGUGUUAUGGUUCAGACAUUAUUGUUACAGGUUCAGUAUAAUGUUAUACCGUUACAUGUUACAGAGUUAGAAAACAUACAGGAGAGGAGAAUUCAAUUAUUAUAAUGAUUUUCUUUAUUUUCCCAUUUUGGUCUAUAGUAGUUCAGCAUUAUUUUAUUUUAUUUAAACAUGAAACUAAUGUUGCCCUUUUGUUUUAUUGUGGUCGUUUUGUGCAAAACCAUUAUUUUUCAAUUAAUCAUCUAGGGAAGAUAUUGCUUUUGUCUUUGUAGCAUAUAGAAUGAAAUAAAUGAUUUUCCUCAAUCAUGUAGCCUGUUUUUUAAUUUGUUCUUAAUGACAUUAAAAUCACUCCGUGUUUAAUUUCACUCACUUUCCUUCAUGUAUCUUCUAAAUGCUCCAUUCCAGGUUGAGUAUAUUUCUAAUAUUGAACAUCGCAAGUUGUUACUAGUUGAAAUAUUUACUACAGCCUACUUGUCACAUUUAUUUCAUGAUUGCCAUUAGUUGACGGAUGUGUUUUAGGACAUUUGACAUGAAGGUAGUUUCCAUAUCAGAACACUAGAUGGAGCAAGAUAUCGCGAGAUGAGAUGCAACAACAAGUACAGGAAGUGAAAGUGAAAGUAAAGUGUGAAACGCCACCACCCUUUCCGACGUUAUUUCCUGGAACAGACGCCGUGUUACAUUCUGUUCGUUGCCAAAUUAGCUUUUCUACUGUUUUAGUUAAUUUUCUAAACUCCUAACAGUUUUAUUCAGCAGUUACAAACAGCUUUACCUUGGAGUCACACUUCUUUUGUUAGUGAAAUGAAGACCUUUCAGACCUCGGCGGCCUGGUGUUUCUGGAUUCUGUACAUCAGUGUUUCUUUGAAAACGACAGGUAGGCCUCAACAUUAUUCCUUCGUUAUUUAGCCUAUAGGCUAUUUUAUUAUCGGAACAUAAUCUUAAUAAGAAAGCCCAGAAACGGGGCGAAUUCAAGUGCAGGCUCAAAACCGAGUGCGGGAAGUCUACGAUGUCUCAUCGUCUGUGCGUUGUUGUCUGAUCAGACAGGGCUUGUAGUCUGGGUGUGGUGGUGCCAUAGGGUGGUGUCCGUGGCAGACAAACUAUUUUACUUCGGUAUGGGGUGUGGUGGUGCCAUAGCAGUCUGGGGUGUGGUGGUGCCAUAGCAGUCUGGGGUGUGGUGGUGCCAUAGCAGUCUGGGGUGUGGUGGUGCCAUAGCAGUCUGGGGUGUGGUGGUGCCAUAGGGUGGUGUCCGUGGCAGACAAACUAUUUUACUUCGAUAUGGGGUUUCUGGUGCCAUAGCAGUCUGGGGUGUGGUGGUGCCAUAGGGUGGUGUCCGUGGCAGACAAACUAUUUUACUUCGAUAUGGGGUUUCUGGUGCCAUAGCAGUCUGGGGUGUGGUGGUGCCAUAGCAGUCUGGGGUGUGGUGGUGCCAUAGCAGUCUGGGGUGUGGUGGUGCCAUAGCAGUCGGGUGGUACCAUAGCAGUCUGGGGUGUGGUGGUGCCAUAGGGUGGUGUCCGUGUCAGACAAACUAUUUUACUUCGAUAUGGAAGUGACUGUUUCGUAGCAGGUUAGGAGAAGUUACAAAAGUAGGUUAGGAGAAUUAGUUAAAGUUAGGGUUAGUGAAAAUACUCUCCUAAAUUGUUACGGAAAUCGUAGCUGUAUGGAAGUGGGGUGAAAAUAGUGUCCGUCCGCGGCAAAGUAGAGGGUGGCGAAAACUGUUGUUCUGAAGGAAGUGUAGCCAUGUUCACGACUAAAAAGAGAAGACGUUUUAUGAUCUGAAUUGAAGAGAUACAAAGAAUUCAGAUCGUAAUACGUCUUCUCUUUUUAGUCAUAAAUAUGGCUAAAACCAAGGAAGUGUGGACUCACCAGGUCGAAAUAAUUCAGGUUAGGUUUGGGAACAAGGGUUAUGUUACUGUUAAGUAUACUUUAGUGAGUGUUAAGAUUAGGGUAAUGCCCACUCAUCUUCAUAUCUGUGCCAUUAUAGCGUCUGGUCAACAGCAAAACAUACAGAAGGCUGCAGCACGGGUACUGAUCAAGAGAGACAGAGAGCACACAUUACACCGGUUUUAAGGUCUCUGCCCAUCACCACCACCACCACACCGUCACCACUGGCUGCCUGUGUUACCAGACGGAGAGCACACAUUACACCGGUUUUAAGGUCUCUGGCCAUCACCACCACACCGUCACCACUGGCUGCCUGUGUUACCAGACGGAGAGCACACAUUACACUGGUUUUAAGGUCUCUGCCCAUCACCACCACCACCACACCGUCACCACUGGCUGCCUGUGUUACCAGACGGAGAGCACACAUUACACUGGUUUUAAGGUCUCUGCCCAUCACCACCACCACCACACCGUCACCACUGGCUGCCUGUGUUACCAGACAGAGAGCACACAUUACACCGCUUUUAAGGUCUCUGCCCAUCACCACCACCACCACACCGUCACCACUGGCUGCCUGUGUUACCAGACGGAGAGCACACAUUACACCGGUUUUAAGGUCUCUGCCCAUCACCACCACCACCACACCGUCACCACUGGCUGCCUGUGUUACCAGACGGAGAGCACACAUUACACUGGUUUUAAGGUCUCUGCCCAUCACCACCACCACCACACCGUCACCACUGGCUGCCUGUGUUACCAGACGGAGAGCACACAUUACACCGGUUUUAAGGUCUCUGCCCAUCACCACCACCACCACACCGUCACCACUGGCUGCCUGUGUUACCAGACAGAGAGCACACAUUACACCGGUUUUAAGGUCUCUGCCCAUCACCACCACCACCACACCGUCACCACUGGCUGCCUGUGUUACCAGACAGAGAGCACACAUUACACCGGUUUUAAGGUCUCUGCCCAUCACCACCACCACCACACCGUCACCACUGGCUGCCUGUGUUACCAGACGGAGAGCACACAUUACACCUGUUUUAAGGUCUCUGCACUGGCUGCCUGUGUUUUAGAAUUUAUUUUCAGGGCUUGCUUGCCAUUGGCACCUGUCCAAUUGACCAUUUUUGUAAGGGAAUUGGACAGUUUUAACCAUGUUUUGAGAUUAUCCAGUGUUUUCAGUUAAACAGGCCUAUUACAGAGCUCUACCAGACAGUUGAUAGGUCAAUAGGGUCAAACCACAGUCUCUUGCAAUACGGAUAUUGCACAUAUCAAUAUCACAAUUUUGAUCUGAAUUCAAUUAAUCGUACAGCCUUGCUACUAAAUCCAAAUUGUAAAGCUAAUCAAUAGCAAAACACCUAGCAGUCAAAGCUGAACUAGGCGUGGCCAGGCUUCAUCCAAUCCUAACGUCCCCCACCAGUCAAACGUCCCCCACCAGUCAAAGCUGAACUAGGCGUGGCCAGGCUUCAUCCAAUCCUAAUGUCCCCCACCAGUCAAAGCUGAACUAGGCGUGGCCAGGCUUCAUCCAAUCCUAACGUCCCCCACCAGUCAAACGUCCCCCACCAGUCAAAGCUGAACUAGGCAUGGCCAGGCUUCAUCCAAUCCUAACGUCCCCCACCAGUCAAACGUCCCCCACCAGUCAAAGCUGAACUAGGCAUGGCCAGGCUUCAUCCAAUCCUAACGUCCCCCACCAGUCAAACCAAACCAAAUACAUUGUACACCAAUCUCUCUGGACCGUACAGUUAACGGAAAUGCUUUGAAAAUUACACCAGCAAAGUCUUGGUAGGCUACAGUAUUUGGAGUUGGGUUGGAUAUAGUCAUGGUAGGCCACAGUAUUUGGAGUUGGGUUGGAUAUAGUUGGAUAUAGUCAUGGUAGGCCACAGUAUUUGGAGUUAGGUUGGAUAUAGUCAUGGUAGGCUACAGUAUUUGGAGUUGGGUUGGAUAUAGUCAUGGUAGGCUACAGUAUUUGGAGUUGGGUUGGAUAUAGUCAUGGUAGGCUACAGUAUUUGGAGUUGGGUUGGAUAUAGUCAUGGUAGGCUACAGUAUUUGGAGUUGGGUUGGAUAUAGUUGGAUAUAGUCAUGGUAGGCUACAGUAUUUGGAGUUGGGUUGGAUAUAGUUGGAUAUAGUCAUGGUAGGCUACAGUAUUUGGAGUUGGGUUGGAUAUAGUCAUGGUAGGCUACAGUAUUUGGAGUUGGGUUGGAUAUAGUCAUGGUAGGCCACAGUAUUUGGAGUUGGGUUGGAUAUAGUCAUGGUAGGCCACAGUAUUUGGAGUCGGGUUGGAUAUAGUCAUGGUAGGCUACAGUAUUUGGAGUUGGGUUGGAUAUAGUCAUGGUAGGCCACAGUAUUUGGAGUUGGGUUGGAUAUAGUCAUGGUUGGCCACAGUAUUUGGAGUUGGGUUGGAUAUAGUCAUGGUAGGCUACAGUAUUUGGAGUUAGGUUGAAUAUAGUCAUGGUAGGCUACAGUAUUUGGAGUUAGGUUGGAUAUAGUCAUGGUAGGCUUCAGUAUUUCUUACAAUCGUAUAUAUUGACUGGAAUUGUGUUGGUUAUAUUUAAUAAGUGCAGAAUUUCUUCCAUUUCAAAAUAGUUCUGCCAAAUACUUUACUCAUCAGAUUGUAAGAUGUGCUGCUUCCCCCUUUUUUAGUUGCAGGAAAUUACAUUUUCGGGGUGCCAUUUUGUUGUUUGAGCACAUGCCUCCAAAAGGUCUGCGUGGCCCUAAAUCUUCUCAUCAAGCUUCUAAACUGAAAAAUCUGGAACAACAAUCUUUGAAUCCCAGAGCCGACUAGGUGAAAAAUCUGUCUGUGCCCUUGAGCAAGGCACUUAACCCUAAUUGCUCUGGAUAAGAGCAUCUGCUAAAUUACUAAAAUGUAAUGAUUUUGCAUAAAUCUACAUCUGUGCCAAAUUUGGUGCUUUUAUCACAAAAUGCACGAUUGUUUUGCUUAGCUGCCCCACUCCCACAUGAUAACAUCAAGCCUGGCCUAAAGAGAACUGUUUCCACUAGUUACCACAGCCACAAAGUCAAAAUUGGCUAUAUCGUAAAAAUAUAUGGAAACAAAAAUGAGAUAUUUGGUCUUAAUUUUAAAGUUAUUUAUAGGCGUAAGUAUAUUCUCUAAUUGACAGGUCCAACAUUUUGUAAGCAUAUUCUCUAAUAGACAGGUCAGAACCAACAUUUUAUAAGCAUAUUCUCUAAUAGACGGGUCAGAACCAACAUGGCUGAAUACCUCUGGUGGGAGGCAAAGAGACCCGAACCCUCUGGAGGUGCAGUUGUAGAGGGACCUCGGUAUGCACCGGACUGACGCGGGAGUGGAGAAUGGCCACAGAAAUUAGUUAUUGUUCUAGUUUGGUUGUGUUCAUUUUGUAAUUGUAUUACCCACUAAUGUCCCACAAAAUCAUCCCGCAUUUGGGUAUUUUUAAAUGUGAUCAUCACCCACAUCUGUACACUUUCCGUCUGCUGAUAAACGGGACACAUGAAAGUAGCGCAAUUGAUGUUGAAUUCACCAUUGAAUUCACCCAAUGCAAGAGCAUCAGGCUGUAAUUUAAUAAAGUAGAUGACUGUUGACUGAUUUAUUCUCCUAUGUUCCUUUAGUGGUAAUAUUAUGUGUGAGUCCUUUAUCUUAGAACUUGUUGACAACCAAGAUGACAUGUUCUGUAGGCUACAGCAAUGACCCGAUGGAACUAAAACUUGGUAUGGACAUUUAUCCUCAACACAUUUAAACUCUGUCUGUAGAAGAUUCAGUCAGUGCCAUUAGUGAGGAUAUGAUACAGCACACUGGCUGGCUCUUGUGUGGGUGGGGUAUAGGACAAUGCACUGUCUGGUACGAGGGGUGGGGGUCUGGGACGAGGGGUGGGGGUCUGGGACGAGGGGUGGGGGUCUGGGACGAGGGGUGGGGGUCUGGGACGAGGGGUGGGUGGGGGGGUCUGGGACGAGGGGUGGGGGUCUGGGACGAGGGGUGGGUGGGGGUCUGGGACGAGGGGUGUGUGGGGGGUCUGGGACGAGGGGUGUGUGGGGGUCUGGGACGAGGGGUGUGUGGGGGGUCUGGGACGAGGGGUGUGUGGGGGGUCUGGGACGAGGGGUGUGUGGGGGGUCUGGGACGAGGGGUGUGUGGGGGGUCUGGGACGAGGGGUGUGUGGGGGGUCUGGGACGAGGGGUGGGGGGUCUGGGACGAGGGGUGUGUGGGGGUCUGGGACGAGGGGUGUGUGGGGGGUCUGGGACGAGGGGUGUGUGGGGGGUCUGGGACGAGGGGUGUGUGGGGGGUCUGGGACGAGGGGUGGGGGUCUGGGACGAGGGGUGUGUGGGGGUCUGGGACGAGGGGUGUGUGGGGGGUCUGGGACGAGGGGUAGGGGUCUGGGACGAGGGGUGGGGGUCUGGGACGAGGGGUGUGUGGGGGUCUGGGACGAGGGGUGUGUGGGGGUCUGGGACGAGGGGUGUGUGGGGGGUCUGGGACGAGGGGUGGGGGUCUGGGACGAGGGGUGUGUGGGGGGUCUGGGACGAGGGGUGUGUGGGGGGUCUGGGACGAGGGGUGGGGGUCUGGGACGAGGGGUGGGGGUAGUGCUUGCUAUGAAUUAUAGUGCAGUGCAUUGUGGGCUGCAUGGAAGCAGGACAAAAUGAAUUGACAACCCAAAUCAUUGUGUGGACCGGAUAGAAAUGUGUCACGGGCCAGAUUGUGUUUGACAAGUUAUCUACACUGAUUUGAAGUGGAUUUAACAAGUGCCCGAACUGUCUACAUAAAUCUCCCACAUGACGCCAUCUUAACAGACUUCAUUUGGCUUCAAUGCACUAUUAUGCCUUCACAUAGGAAUGAAUGGUGUCACAUGAUCAAUGACUUUGUCCAUUCAUAUGGGCCAGAAUCCAUGGAAGAACAGGAAGUUACCAUUUAUCUUUGACCGUGUGUCAUUUGUUUUUCUCCAGGGUCGUCUGAGGUUGUUGGAUCGGCUGACCCAGUCGUUGCCUUAGCUGGUGAUGACGUCAUUCUGCCAUGUUCCCUGAAACCCAGUGUCAAUGCUGAGGACAUGGUAGUGAAGUGGACAAGAUCGCACCUGAAAACAGAAAACGUCCAUCUUUACCUUGAUGAACGAGACUCCAAUGAAGAGCAGUUUCUAUCCUACAAGGGAAGGACAUCAAUGUUUUAUGAAGAACUGAAGAACGGUAACGUCUCCUUAAAGCUGACCAGAGUUACUCUCUCUGAUUCUGGAAGCUACAAGUGCUUCAUUCCAAGUCUGACCACCAGCCAGGUGAAGGAAACCACCGUUCAACUCUUUGUUGGUGAGUCA